GAGGACUGCAAAGUUGGAAGGAUCUAAGUUUUACUUCAUCCAAUGCUUCACGAGGAAUUACUGGAGAGGCCGUCUGUCUUUAAUGAUUCUUAGAAGAGUCCGUAGAAAGAGUCAUAUUAAAUGGAUAAGAGUGCCAAACUCAGACUUUUUCUGGGCUUUGCCAGGUGAAAUUAAAGUGAUGCUAUCGCUGGAAAAUACUCUCCCCAGUGUUUUCAUUAAUGAAACAUUUAAUGUAAUUGGUUCAUACAUGGUGUUUUGUCGUGGGUUAUACUGCGCUAAUCGUCCAAAAGCAAUAUUUUUGUCAUUUCUUGGUCGAAGAAAAUGUAUACUGACAGAAAAUCAAAGCAUUACACAAGGAGAUAAAAUCAAUCUGACAAUGAGCAAAUGGUUUUCACAUCCUGUAACUGAAGUUGUUACAAUGGGAUAUAGUACAGUUGAUGAUUGUGAUUCAAUAUUGAGUAAAAGCUUUAAUUUCAAUCUUAUGAAAUCUUUGGUUGUCAAUGAUGUUGGAAAAAUUGAAAUAAAAAGACUUAUCUUAGAAAAUUGCUCUUUUGAGCCACCCGAAUUGUGCAAGGGAGGAAACAGGACGAUUGAAAUAGAUGGAUGGACAAUUUCACAAGAUUCCUCUUCUUAUUUAAUGUGUUUGGAAAACAAGCAAUCCCUGCUCACUUACAAAUGGGUUCCUUUCAACUUUAUCACAAACAAGACUGGCGUUUGUCUAAAAUAUUCCUACAAGAUUACAGGAAGUAAUAAUACAAUGUCUGUGUCGUUUCAAAGUUUAUUGGGUGAAAAGAACAAGGUUUGGCAAUUAAAAGGUAACCAAGGUAGCAAUUGGGAGAAAGGAGAAGUGUUCAUAGUUCCCACUCAAGACUUUACCGUGAUAUUCGAAGGUGCAAUAAUGGAACCGAGAACUACUCUUGCUGUUUCGAGGUUCGAAAUUACCACAGGACAUUGCAGUACUGAAAGAAAGGUUACCCCAGUGUAUGCACUGCCAGAUUACAAAUGUGCUACUGAUAUGUUCCAAUGCGAUCACGGAAAAUGUAUUCACAAGCGUAAGGUUUGUGAUGGUGACAAAUUGUGCGCAGAUGGCUCUGAUGAAACGCGCUGUCCAUGUCUAUUUGAUGAGUUUAAAUGUCAUCACUCAAGGAAAUGUGUAAAACGUGAUGUGUUAUGCAAUGGAGAAAAAGAUUGCACUGAUGGUAGUGACGAAAGAAAUUGUCGUAAGUUAAUGAAUAAAAUCAAUUGUGUUUAUUCUUUCAGUAAGUCGAAUCUCACUUAG